AUGAAUUCUACGAAACAGAGACAGUAUGCUCGACUAGCGGAGCAGUUAGAAUUGUUACAACAUAACCUGCUGAACACGACGGAACAUCUGGACGUCAUGUCUCGCCAAUGCAAUAACAACAUUGUCGACCAACUGGGCAAAGUGAGUGCUAGUUGGUUCAUCGGGAGUGAUCGAUACUUCCAAGACAAGUUGAAUCAUAAUGACAAUAAUGCUUGA